AUGGGAAUUACAUUUUCCUGUCCGUUUGCCAAUUUCGAGGAUUUGGAUAGUCGGGUUGAAUCAUAUUUGGUGAGAACAUUAAGUUUAGGAAGUGAUGAUAUGAAGAAUGUGUUACAGCCAAGGAAUUUCAAUGACCAAAUUACUAGAAAGUCGAAAAUCUUGAAGUCAUUUGGUUCUGGGAAUAUGAUCCUUGAGGGAACUCUAACCUAUAAAAGGAGGGAAUUUGAGGCCAAGAUUGCAUUGAGGACUCUUAUUUCUGAUAAGGAGGAAAAGAAGAUCAAUAGAUCAGACAACCCGUGGAACAGGGCUGAAGUUUCUCCGAAAUUGCAUAGUAUCUCCGAUAAAGAUACUAGGAUGUUGCCAGUAGAGUAUGGAAAGCAUAGAGAUCAGGCUGCUGUAAAGUUGCAGAAAACAUAUAAAAGUUUUCGUACACGAAGACAGCUAGCUGAUUGUGCUGUUCUAGUUGAGCAUAGAUGGUGGAAGCUACUGGAUUCUGUUGAACUAAAGCACAGUUCUAUAUCAUAUUUUGACACCAAGAAACUUCAAACUGCUGUUUCUCGUUGGUCACGAGCAUUAACUAGAACUGCGAAGGUCGGUAAAGGUCUGUCCAAAGAUGGGAAAGCACGUAAACUUGCUUUGCAGCAUUGGCUUGAAGCAAUUGAUCCUCGACAUCGUUAUGGACACAACCUUCGAUUUUAUUACAACAAGUGGCUCCAAGCUGACAGUAAACAACCCUUCUUUUAUUGGUUGGACAUAGGUGAAGGUAAAGAAAUAAAUCUUGAGAGGUGUGCUAGACCGAAACUUCAACAAGACUGCAUCAAGUAUCUUGGACCGAUAGAGAGGGAGGCAUAUGAAAUUGUCAUUGAGGGUGGAAAAUUCUUAUACAAGCAGAGUAGAAGGCUUCUCGAUACGAGAGGAGGCCCUCCAGAGGCAAAGUGGAUCUUUGUGCUAAGCGUGUCCAAAAUCUUGUACGUUGGGAUGAAAAAAAAAGGCACAUUUCAGCAUUCAAGUUUCCUAGCAGGUGGUGCCGCGUUGUCUGCUGGGAGAUUAGUGGCGGAAGAUGGUAUUAUAAAGGCAGUCUGGCCUCAGAGUGGACAUUAUCUCCCCACAAAGGAGAAUUUCGAAGCAUUCAUGUUAUUUCUUAAGCAACAUCACGUUGAUAUCGCUGUUAAAUUCACCAAUUAUGAGGAGGACGCGCCCUCUAUCAGGAAAGAAUGUCGUACUAGCAUAUGUAAACACUUAUCAGUCUCGGAUUUCAGCCAAUUCAACAAAGAGAGCAUCCUCAAAAGCUCGGACACAAAGAGGAUUGAUUCUACCAACAAGGAUUGUGAUGACGAAGACUUUUCAGUACCACAUUUUCCAAGUCAGUCCCGAGGAGUACGACCCAAAAUCGCUGUUGAAAUACCGGAAAAGGAAGGCAUAUUCGAGUUGUUUAAGGAGACAGCCCAACAGGUACAGCCUGUGGAAACUCCAGCAGAUGGAUACGAAACACCAGACGAGUACUUAUCAGAUACAGAGUUUUCAGUUUCGAAGAAGAAUUUAUUCGAUCAUGAAAAUGAAGAGGAAUUCAAAGAACCUGUUCCUGAAGAAAAGAUAAUCAAGAGAAUACAUUCACAUAUAGGCAUGAAAUCAAAUCAUUUGGCUCAUCAAUUGUCUUCAUGUAAAUGGUCAACUGGAGCUGGACCUCGUAUCGGUUGCAUGAGGGACUAUCCAUCUGAGCUCCAAUUUCGCGUAAUGGAGGAAGUUCAAUUGUCUCCGAGAACUGCAUUUCCAGCUUCCUCAAAAUGUGCUCGUCGUUAUACGCCAACAAUCUUUUCUAGAGAAGCAAAUGAUCAAGGCAAAAGACCUGAUUUUGAACUAGUUGUAUUUUGUGAAUCAGAUAGUCCAUCAGUAAAAAGAGAAGCAGUUUUUGGUUGA